GUUGCACAAGAAGUGUGAGCACAUUAACUGAUCGCAGUGAUAUUUUUUAAUACUCAGUUUAAAUAUUUAAGGUAUGUGCAACAUUAUAAAUUGAAGCUUUCUAGUCUGUCUUCUUAAGUACGACAGUUCUGCGGAAAAAUGAUGACCCUGUGUAGGGCGACGUUAAUUGUGUUGAUAUGUUCAUCGAAAGGCGUUUCUGGUCAAGAAAAUUGUAUUGCAAUUAUUGGAACAUUUGAAGAAAACAACAACAACAGCAUUACUGUUGGGGCUGUGCGUUCGCUUAAAAAGGUUGAUUAGCGAAGUAAAACAGUAUAGUUAUGUCAAAGCCUUUUUUUGAGAUCACAUGUGCUAACCCCAUACCCGUUCAGCAUGCUUCAUUGUCGUACCCGGGCUUGAGUCCCGGAAAUUCUGUGACGUACACAUGUGAGCCGGGAUACAUCAUUGUCUCCGGCGACGUUGUGCGCACGUUCCACGGGCUCGGUGGAUGGACUGGGACCAAACCUAAAUGUCAAGUGCAGAACUGUGUGACUAUGCAAAACAAUGCUGCUGGAAAACUGAAUAGUGGGCUUUACCAAAUCAACCGCGGAAAAAUGAACUUUCACAUUUACUGUGACUAUGGAAACGGCGACGGAUACGUCUACGUUUCACCCUCGGUUCCGAGCGACGUGGACCUGAACAUGGCGUCCCUGUCUGACGAUAGCAGCCUCGUUAAAGUCAUCCACAGACGUCAUGAUGGCAAACAGUCUGAGGCGACAAUUAAACAGAUUACUGCCUUCAACACAUUACCAGUCUCCGUUCAGUUUAACAAGAAUGACGGUUAUACAGGCAUACUCAACGCAGCCAUGGGUCCAUACGUGUUCACUGGAUUCAUACCUCUGUUUCACAACGUGAAGGGUGGCGUACAGGGCUGGAAGGUCAACGGAAAAGAGUUCACGUUCACAAACUGCGACGGCAAUCCAAACAGCUACUUCGCGGUGCUGUUCAAUGCCAUAAAGGCCACCUACACAUCAUAUAAAGGUUGAAGGAAUAACCUGAUGUACGCUUGGUAUGAUCUUUCGACUCCGGUUCCGGUUAGCGACUCACUUCCGGCGGCCAUGUUUUCGAACGAUUAUGAGAUCCAUCACGGCGGUUGUGGAGGGUACAGCAUUGGAACAACUGAAAGCGACGUUACAGGAGUCAUGAUUGGUCAGCGAUUCAUUAUCACAUGCUCGGAGCCCGAUGGCGUCAGAGACGCUACAAAGACGUUUGACGACGUCAAGCCAGGUUCCAUUGUGACGUACAUCAACCCUGGAUAUACGAGCUCCGGAGAUCUCGUGCGCACGUGCACGUCGACCGGUGGCUGGUCUGGCGUAUAGCCCACGUGCACACGUUUAAUUCAAAUGCCGUUGUCUGCCUUUGAAUUGCUCACCAACAUAACACCAUAUUAGCAUAAUUUACACGCUUGAAGCUUACAUCAAUUUUCAAUUGGUGUUAGUUUAUUUUACGGAAGCAAAAUUAAUGUCGCGAGCCACCUCGAAAAAACAUUUCAUUUUAAUUUCUUUAAUGUAAUCUUAGUCAGCUACGCCCAUAAACGGCAUCCUUUUAAAAAUGUGUCUUCAAAUAGCAAACUUUGGCGGUAGUUUUACAUAAAUCCGGUUUAAAAUCCCUAUAUGGAUAAAUAGGAGUAUCAAGUCAUCAGUUCAUUGUAUCACACACUAAAAAACACAUGUAAGAGCGUAAAAAUUUGGCCAAUAUCAAAGGCAAUUAACAACAACAACAAAUGCCGGAUGUAAACCAGUUUAACUUAGCAUCGGAUAUUUUUCUAAUUAAAGCAUGCAUGUGUAAAAUUAAUAUGUGUUGUCGUUUGCUUGUGUUUAUGUCAAUAAACUUGGAACGCAUAAUUUUUUAAAGAGAGAA